GGAAAUGUCCAAAUGAUGUUAUCCCUACGUCAGGAUUUGCUUAAAUAAUGUUGAAUUGCAGCAAACAUCAAAUAAUCUUUGAAUUAAUGAAUGGACGAUUAAAAUAAUAAUAACAGAUCUGCCAUAAAGUCUGCCAUCCCCAUUUCCCUCUGAAGUAUUCUAUGGAAGGGAGGGAUUCACAAAUGAAUAAGUGUGAACGUUGACUAGUAAGGGAUAAGAAAUAGAAGGACAAUAAUUGAAGGUGGCAAGUGGGAAAGUAGAUCCAAAACUACCCUUCUCUUCCCCUGCAUAUGGCCUCUGCCUCUGACUACACAGCACCACCAUAUGAUUUUCUAUUGAUAUUCUGAUUGCAGAGAAAGAUAUAGAUGAAGUUGAAGGCUAGCAAUAUGGGUCCUUGUGGUAUGAUGAUGGGUGUAAAUCUGACUGAUGAUGAGGAUGAGGAAGAGGAAGGAAAAAGAUGGUCUUCUGGUGCAACCAUUGCAGUUGCUGUUGAUAAGGAUAAGAACAGCAUAUAUGCCCUGAGAUGGGCUUUGGAUCACUUGAUCUCUAAAGAAGAAGCACAAACUUUGGUGCUCAUACAUGUACGAUCGCCCAUUCUAACCAUCCCAACACCAAUGGGAAAUCAUGUUCCAAUUGCACAUGUGUGUGAAGAUGCUGCAGCUCUGUACAUUAAACAAGUGGAAUUACAAACUAAUGAAUUAUUGCAGCCCUAUCUCCACAUUUGCAAUAGUAAAAAGGUGCAGGCAGAUAUCAGGGUUCUUGAAAAUGAGAACAUACCGAAGGCAAUAGUAGAACAUAUUUCAAAUUUCAAUAUAAGGAAGAUGGUUAUUGGAUCAUCUUCUCGAAAUGUAAUCACGAGGAAGUUCAUGGCCCCUGAUGUACCAACCGGUGUGGCAAAACUGGCGCCAAAAUUUUGCACAGUAUAUGUUGUAUCUAAAGGAAAGCUUUCUUCAUUGAGAUCAGCUGAUUUUUCAACACAAAUCAUGGGUAUCAGAGAAAAUAUAACAAGUGAUCACAAUCUUGAAGAUCCAAGUGUAAGAAACUGCAUAUUUGCACAAAAUGGAAGUGAACCAAAAGUGGCAGAAAAGACAGAGUCAGAAACUUUGAACCUCACAGUUCUUCAUUCCAGAUCAUCAUAUCAUGAGGGACAUCGGGAUGUUUCAAUCCAAAAUCAGGUCAUGAUCCAUAGUAAUACGAAUGAAGAUGAAAAUGCCAAUGAAGAUAUUUCCAGCUUACAGUCUUCUAACAUUGACAUAAUUUCCUCAGUUAUAACAAACUCAUAUGCUGAAACUGAAAGCGAGCAAACUUAUUUUACCAACCGAAGAGGAAUUUCUGAUUUCAACAAGGGGUUUUUUCCUCCAACAAAGCAUAGGCUCCAAUCCGUCACACAGACAGAAUAUAGGCACUAUGAGGGCUUAAACGGAGAGAAUACAUGUUUUGCUCCUACGUCAGAGGCUUCAAUAAUGAAUUGGGAUGAUGCUAAUUCCCAGAAUGAGAAUACAUCAAUGGGAAUCAUAAUGACUAGACAGGACAGUGAUAAGCCAUCUACAACAUGGGAUUUACAUGCAGGUUCAUCCUCAUUGCGAAGCAUGUCCCUGGAGUUUGAACUGGAACAGACGGGGGACAUUUACAAUCUAGCUUUUGAAGAAGCAAACAAUUCAAAACACAAAUUAUCACCACAGGCCAAAGAUAUACACUUUCAAGAGACAAACAAACUGGAAGUAGCAAAAGCAAGAGAAGAAGUUGCAAGUGCAAUUGUUUCAGAGGAGAAGGUAACAUAUGCAGAAGGCAUGGAGGAGGCAGAAGCAACUAGAGUACUUGCAGAAAUUGAGACAAAACAGAGAACUCUUGAAUAUUAUAUACCCAUAAGAAAAUCGAAUGAGAGGGGAAGUGUAGAGCACACCCUAGCCACAGGUCCUCAAACUUACAAGAAAUAUUCCAUGGAAGAGAUUGAGUCAGCAACUGAUUUUUUCUCAGAAUCUCUUAAGAUAGGGGAGGGAUCAUAUGGUUCUGUCUACAAGUGCACAUUGGAUAAUACCCUAGUGGCUAUCAAAGUUCUUUGCCCAGAUGCAUCCCAAGGGUGGAAACAAUUUCAAAAAGAGGUUGAAGUUCUAAGUCAUAUAAGACAUCCACAUAUGGUUUUACUGCUUGGAGCUUGUCCCGAAUUUGGAUGUUUAGUAUAUGAAUACAUGGAAAACGGAAGUCUAGAAGACCGUUUGUUUCGCAGGGGAGCUACACCUUCUCUUCCAUGGCAUGUACGCUUUAGAAUUGCUUCAGAAGUGGCUACUGGAUUGCUGUACUUACACAGUGCCAAACCUAAGCCACUUGUUCAUCGUGACUUAAAACCAGCCAAUAUUUUACUAGACCAUAAUUUUGUAAGCAAAAUAGGUGACGUGGGGCUAGCAAAACUUGUCUCUUACGAUCUCUCAGGUAGUACAGACUUCCGAAAUACCACAACAUCAGGCACAUUUUGUUACAUUGAUCCUGAGUAUCAGCAGACUGGGAUUCUGGGAACCAAAUCAGAUCUUUAUGCUCUUGGAGUAGUACUCCUACAGCUACUGACUGCAAAGAAAGCAAUGGGACUUGCAUAUGAUGUGGAAAAGGCUAUUAAUAAGGGCUCCUUCAAACAAAUUCUUGACCAAACUGUUAGAGAUUGGCCAGUGAAGGAGGCUCUAGAGCUAGCAAAGCUUGCAUUAAAAUGUGUUGAAUUGCGGCGGAGGGACAGGCCAGAUCUUGAGACAGUUGUGCUGCCAGAGCUUCAGAAGUUGAAAGCAUUUUCUGAUUCAAAUAAUGGUCGAAGGAAAAGUAACAGCUUUAUUAGCUCACCAAGCAAGAUUUUACGUCCAAAUCUUCAGGUUAGUGCAGAAGACAACACAGAGGAGGUUAUUACCCUGAAUAUCAGUUCUACAGGAAGUCUAACCAAGAAUACUUUUCCCAAGAAGUUGAAGCAUUUUUAUAGAAAGGUAUUUUGAUCAUGAGAAGAGAGGGUUUCUUGAAUCACUGUAUAAGAAAAAAUUAGGCCUGAUACUGCCAAGUUUGAGAUUAUAGUCAAGAGCAACAAUAAUAGUUCUCUUGUUGGUUUCUAAAAGGGUUCAUACACCGAAUUCUUAUCUUCUUUAUAUAUGGAUGACCUAUACCACCACCUUUCCCAUUUUUCUUCUAUUCUUGGGAAUUUAAUCUUCUAGUGCCAAACUGGGAUUGUGGAAGGUCAUUUAUGUUCAGCAAAGGUGGAGAGAGCAUAUAAUUUGGAAGAAUUUGUUUAUAGAAGGCUCUUCUAUCUAAGUUUUCUAGUGAUUGAUGAGCCUAUUGGGACAAGCAUCAGGCCUCCAAAAGCACCUCCAAACAAUUUUCUACAAUCUGCAGUUGCACUGGGGAACCUAUAAAUUUGCUGAUUAAUUCUUCAGUCCUGCUGUGUUUUCUAGUUUGUCCUGCAGAUGACAACAUCCAGUUUUUGAGCAAGCAUAUACAUAUGUAUUUACCUCUUUUCAGCUGUAUACUAAUCAGUUUUAUGUAUAUUCUACGAGUUGUUUACAAUCAACAAAUUCUUAUCUAAGAAUAUGUGAAGCUUCCACUUGCACCCAGUGAUUUUCAGGGUGCAGUUUUUCAAAGUAGACGAGAGUAUACUAAUCAGUUUUAUGUAUAUUCUACGAGUUUAAACAAAUUCUUAUCUAAGAAUAUGUGAAGCUUCCACUUGCAUCCAGUGAUUUUCAGGGUGCAGUUUUUCAAAGUAGACGAGAGUAAAUUCAUUUGCAGAGGUCAUUGGGCUUGUUUAUUUAGUAUACAAUUCAAAAGUCAAUCUAAUUAUUGUAAUUGUGUUGAAGUUUCAUAAUAUUGAGAGGUAUCUACAAUGACAUCAAAAUGUUCCUAAACAAAAAUCUAUUUUUGAAACAA